UCAGCAUGUUCAGUUGCCGGUUGACAAUCGUUUCGGUCUGGUCACGACAUCUCUUCCGUCGACGAGGCGCAUAUAAAAAUGGAGAGUUGGCUAAAGAUCUCUUUGCUCUUAUGCACCUUUGGGUUUUUACGUGAAUUACGACCAUCAGAGCCAUUUGUUACCGAAUAUUUAGCUGGAGAUUGGCGUAACUUAACAUCGGAGCAAGUGUACCAAGAGGUCUAUCCAUUUGGCACCUACUCAGUUCUAUCCCAAUUGGUAAUUGUCUUCCUCAUAACCGAUUUGGUACGCUAUAAACCUGUGAUAGUGCUCUCGGCCAUAGCUGGUAUCCUUAUGUUUAUAAUCUUAAUAUGGACUAAAACAAUUUUAUGGCUACAAAUCGCACAAAUCUUCUAUGGAACAUUCACAGCCGCCGAAGUGGCUUAUUACACUUAUAUGUAUGCCAAAGUGGACAAAGAGCGCUAUCAAGUGGUCACUGGACAUACGCGUGCUGCAAUUUUGAGUGGCAAAUUUUUGGGCGGUUUACUGGCCCAGAUUUUGGUAUCAACAGAUAGCUUGAAUUUUCGUCAAUUGCAUUUUUUAUCACUGUCCACGCAAUUGAUAUCUCUGCCAGUGGCUCUGAUAUUGCCCCAAGUGCCGCGAAGUUUAUAUUUCUAUGCGGCCAAACAGGCUCCAAUGAUUGAGAAUGGAACCCAAACGCCAAAGGAAAGUGAAAACGGCGAACAGUUGGCAAAGUUUUCAUUAAAAAAUGCUGGACAAUUGCUAUGGUUUCACUUGGUUUCCUCGUACACCAAUCCCGUUGUCCUGCAAUGGAGUGUUUGGUGGGCUUUGGCCACCUGUGGACAAGUGCAGGUCAUAUCCUAUAUACAAUUCCUAUGGAAAGAGGUAGCCCCGGAUCAUCUAAGUACCUAUAAUGGCGGGGUGGAAGCGUUGGCCACUUUAUUGGGUGCCAUUGGAGCUUUUGUUGCUGGUUUCUUGAACUCAAAUAAGCGACGUUCCACCUAUAUGCUGAUCAAUUCAAUUUGUGCUGCUUUGCUGGGUGGCUUAUUGAUUUGGUCAUCAUAUUCAUCGAAUGUCUGGGUGACAUAUGUUAUUUAUGUUAUAUUUUCUGCCAUAUUCUUCUUUAUCAUCACUGUGGCUGGGGCAAUUGUGGCCGAGAAUUUAGUUGAGGAUAGUUUUGGUUUAGUUUUUGGCAUCAAUAUGCUAGUGGCUUUAAUUUUACAAACUAUUUUAACCAUAAUUGUUGUCGAACCCAAUACUGGUUAUGGUUUGGGGCCAAGAGAUCAAUAUUUGGUUUAUGGCAGCUAUUUUGUGGGUUUAGCUAGCAUAUAUCUAUUUGUAUUAUUAUGUAGUAAGAUUUGUCAUAGAAAAUCGCAACAAGUGCAAAUAUUUAACUAACUGUUAUAUACAAAUUUAUGUUAUUA